UUCCACAACUGGUAAAAUAAAACAUAUAUAACACAAUACAACAUUUAGGAUUAUACAAUUUACUGAUGAUUUCAUUUGAAAAAUGUUCUAUUGAGCUUCUGAUUUGGCCGUGAAAUUCGCUGAUUUGAAGGAUUCAAUGGUCCAGUUAGUAUUUUCACCCCGUAAUGGCGGCCGCGCUACCGGAGCGCCAUCUAGUGGCUGUUACCCAAAAAGUAUCAGAGUGUCGCCUCUUGGUUUUCUAUACUCUUUGCUGUGACGUGUGUGCUGCCAUGGUGAUCAGAGAAGCGUCCGAGGUUUUGAAGAGCAGUUUCAGGCGCGAAUAAGUAUUACAAAACAUUCAUACAAGCUAAAAAUCAAAAACGUAGACGUAAAAUGUAUUAAAACACCUUAUAUUUAUGUCUGGAAACCGUUUAUAACACCAGCUAGUUAUGAAGGAUUAGUAAACUCGACCAAAUGCACUCAGUGUAUUAAUAAAUGGAGCAUAUUAGAUCAAUUUCACCGAUCCUGCAUUUGGAUUUAAAUAAUUUAAACUUUCCUGAAGCUAAAGAUAGCAGAUAUGUUCUGACAAGUCCACGGUCACUUGAAUCCUGUGCAAGACUGGGAGUGAAACCUGUUGAUCUGCUGUUCAGAUCCCUCACAGACUUUAUCGAUGAAAACCAAGAGUCCUCUUUGGAGGAAGUGACCGUAUUAUAUGAGGAGUACGAGAAAGGACGAAGAGAACGACUGCGCUUGUGUCGAGAGGAGAGAGAGCGGAUCAUACAAGAGGGCUGGAAUAGAAAGUCAUCUGUAAAACCGUUCACAGCCCUGGAAACCGUCCCAGAGCAAACAAUCACAGAUUCCAAAGCCAAAUGUCCCAGUGAUUCACGGUUCACCGACGACCGAGUUCACUCAAAGUCCGCGAUUACGAUCUCAGACAGGUUUCCGACCUCAAAGUUCCCUUGUAGUUUCAGUCUGGCUGAGCUCCGACAUUCUCCCGCGACGGAACGCCGGCUAAAAAGCCUCUCGGAGGAGAUCAGUCGCAAACUAAGAAUCGCCAUCCCGGAAAAAGAUCAAAAGAUUGCCGGGUUGAUGCUAGCCAAGCAUGAAGAGGAGCAGAUUCGUUUACGGCAGAGCAUGUUCGAGGAGCAAAAUCGCGAAGAGGAGCAGAGGCGCGAGGAGGCGCGGCGAGCCGACUUGGAGCAAAAGCGGCGAAAAGAGCUUCUGCGACAAAUUCGUCACUGGCAGGAGGGCUUGGAGGAGCGGAGGAGGCAGCGAGAGGUAGAGGAGGCCAUCCUUGCGGAGCGGCGCAAGCGGGAGACGCUUCAGCAGGAGGAGCGCUGGAGGAGACUCGCCGAGGAGCAGCGAAUGCGACGCAGGUUCGAGCAUAACGCGGCGAGCAGGGAAGCGAAAGAACGCAAACGCUACCAGGAGCGGCUCCUGCAGGAGAAGGAGCGCAUUGAGGAGGCGCAGCGAGAGAAGGAGCUGCAGGAGGCGCGUGAAAAAGAGCAGCAUGCGAUGAGGAGCAAGCGAAUGCAGGAAAGUAGAGAAAGGAGGAGAAUCAUGCUAGAGAACCAGAGGGAGCUACUCAGGCACCUCCUUCUAAAAAAGGAGGUCGAGGAGCAGGAACGUACGGAGGAGGAGCUGAAGAGAAAAGUAGUAGAGCGGAAGCUGCAACGCUCCGCGGAGAACCACGGAGUGAUUGUAGAAGCGCGGCUGCAGGAAAUGCGAUUACGCGCGGCGAAGGAGGAGGAGCAGAUGCGGAUGGCGCAGGAGCGCGCGGGGAUGGAGAAAAGGGAUUGGCUGGAGCAGAAGCAAAUGCUUGUGCGACGUUGCCAGCUGCGGAUGGAACGCGCGGUGCUGCAGGCGCAGGAGCAGUGUCGCCGCAGAGCUCAAAGCGUCAGACGGGAAAACCAGGAAAAGGAAAUGAAUCAUCGCAGACUACAAGACCGAGUCGUGGAGGAGGAGAAAGCGCAGUGGGAGCAAAGAUGCAACGCCGUGACGGAAAAGGAGCGCCGCAUGGAGAAGCUGCAGAGAGAGAGGACCGAGGCCCAGGAGAGGAGCCGGAAAGUGGCUCACGCCUCCUGCUACAUGCGGGAGAGGGUGAGGGAGCAGACGACCCGAAGCACCUUUGACCAGAUGGCACGAGAAGCCGAGGUGACCGCUCAUCUGGGCCGCCUGAAACUGUGAAUAGUGCUGGUCCUACUGAAGAGAAUCUAAUUAUAAUAGUAUUAAAGUCCCCCUGUGGUGAAAAUCAAGCUGUUUAUAUGUCUAUGUGGUGUUUUAAUAUGCUUUAAGACGAACCAUAAGUCAACACCAUUGC